GGUCUUCAACACCAUUUAAAAUCUUUAGGACUCAAUUUACAUUGCGAUCAUGGGGAACGUGUGGGACGAACGCCCAGCAAAGCUCACUGGCUUCAAGCUAUUGUCAUUUGACGUCUACUCUACAUUAAUUGACGAGAAAGCUGGCAUGUUCACAGGCCUCCGACCCCUCCUCUCACGCCUCCCAACACCAAAUCCCUACAUCAACGAUAAAGUCCAUACCCUGUCCGCCUUCCAGGCCUUUGAAUGGUCCAUCCAACGCUCCCGGCCCACUCUCCGGUACAACGAGCUCCUCCCUCUCGCCUACAAAGCCUUCGCCGCCUCUCUAUCCCUCCCCGAGCCCUCAGAGCAAGAAGCCCACGAUUUCGGAUCCCAAAUCGGCAGCUGGCCCGCCUUCCCGGACACCGUGCCCGCUCUCAAAGCACUGAAGAAGCACUACAAGCUCGUCAUCCUCAGCAAUAUCGACAACGAUUCCAUUGCACGGACGAUUGCUGGUCCAUUGGCCGAUGUGGAAUUCGAGGCUGUGUUCACAGCUCAAGAGAUUGGGAGUUAUAAGCCUGACUUGAAGAACUUUCGAUACCUAGUUGAGGGGGUGAAGAGGGAAUUGAAUGUGGAAAAGGGGGAGAUUUUGCAUACGGCGCAGAGUCUGACUGCUGACCUUGUUUCAGCGAAGACCAUGGGACUGACUAGUAUCUGGAUCGACAGGGAGAAGCAAGAAAAGAAGAUGCAAGAGCUCAAAGAGCAGCUUAAUUUCACCUGGCGGUUUGGGACAAUGGGAGAAAUGGCUGAGGCUGUCGACAAGGAGUUUCAGGAAAUGAAGUCAGGAUAA